AUGGAGCUGUUUGAGUGUGCGAUGUUUGAGUGUGGUGCAAAGUGCCCCAGUGUGGGAGGCAGUGGAGAACGAAGUCCGCUCGGGGGGGGUGAAAGAGGAUGCUGUCCUGCUGAUGGAUGCCUCCAGAGGGGCUCUGACAGUGGCGGGCCUGGCUGAAGACACGAAGCGGCUCAGGCGGCUGGUGGAGAGCCUCAUGAAGAGGGCCAUGAGUCAGAUACAGAGGCAGAGGGACAGCGUCUCACUGGAGAUGGACGUGUCCCCUGCCAUGUUCUACAUCCUGCAGCAGGAAGGACUGCGGAAGCAUGCAGCAGACGAAGCCCCAGAGAUGGGUCUCUCCUACAGAGACGACGCCAAGAAGCUGGUUCUCUCAGGUCUUGUCUCAGAGGUGUACAAGGUGGAGAGCUGGAUCCAGGAGAGGAAGCUCAGAAUGAGGAAGAAGCAGAUGAAGCUGGACCCUCACAUCCUGGACUUCCCGAGGUCAGUCGACAGUAUGGAGAUGUCCCAGGACCUGUUCACGUCCCGGGCCAUCAGUGCUGUGUAG